AUGGCGUCUCAUCUCUUUUCCCGUUACCGGAUCUCUCUCCUCAAAACCCUCAAACCCAAUCACCACGCCUCGAACUCACCCAUCAGGUCCAUUUCCGGCACUCCAUUCCUCUCCCAGGAUCCUCUGCUCGCAACCGAGUCAACUGAUCACGACGCCUCGAAUCAUCAACAUCAUGCGAGCUCCACGCCGCUCCCGCCGAAUCCAGCGACGGGAAGUCCUCUUUACCAGGAGAAUUGGCGGAGUCCGAUCCCGAACUCUCCGUCGCUGAGCCAGUCCCUCGUCCCAGUCGGAUUCCUAAAUCAGGCUCCAGCUGCUCGCAUCCGAUCUCUCUCCGAGUCGCAAGACACGAACUCGCUGCUGAACAUGUUCGCCGAUUGGACGGCGUCGCAGCGUUGGUCCGACAUGAAGGACCUUUUCGAGCUCUGGGUUCGAUCUCUGGAUAAGAGCGGGAAGCCGAACAAGCCUGAUGUCAACCUUUACAAUCAUUACCUUCGAGCUAACUUGAUGAUGGGUGCUGCGCCUAGUGACAUGCUCGAUUUGGUUGCGAUUAUGGACGAUUUCUCUUUGGCGCCCAAUACAGCGUCUUAUAAUCUAGUCUUGAAGGCUAUGCACCAGGCCAAAGAGACUGAGGCUGCCCAGAAGCUGCUUGAACGGAUGCUGAUUUCUGGCAAGGAAGAAUCUCUUCCGGAUGAUGCAUCGUAUGAUAUGGUUAUUGGACUGCUGUUUUUGACUGGGAAGAACGAAGAAGCCAUGAAACUUAUGGACAUGGCGAUAAAGUCUGGCUAUAUGUUAUCCACCACAGUUUUUAGUGAAUGUGUUCGUAGCUGUGUAGCCAAAGGUAGGACAGACACACUGGUCUCUAUCAUCGAGAGGUGUAAGGCUGUUGAUCGGAACAAGUCCUUAUGUCCUAGCUGGAUACUGUGUAAUUACAUGGCAGAAGUUGCAACGCAAGAGGAUAAUAGCAAAUUAGCGUUUUACGCAUUCGAGUUUAUGUUCAAAUGGAUCACUAGGGGAGAAAUGGCUAGGCCCUCGGUUUUACUCUCUGUUGAUGAAGGCUUGGUAGUGUCAGCUCUCGCAACUGCUGCGAGGACAUGCAAUUCAACUUUAGUAGAUGGAUCUUGGAUGAUUCUGAAACGGUCUCUGCGUGGGAAAAAGGCAGCCAACCCUGCCUCUUACAUUGCAAAGAUAAACGCCUAUGCAUCGUUGGGGAAUCUGCAGAAAGCUUUCAUUGCACUUAACGAAUUCGAAACCGCACUUGCGGACUCUGAGAAAGAAGUUGUGGAGGAAUUGCUUUCACCUUUUACAUCCUUGUACCCGCUGGUUGUGGCUUGCUCUAAGAAAGGGUUUGAGACAUUGGAUGAGGUAUACUUCCAGUUGGAGAAACUGAGCCAAGGUGAAACUCCGUAUAAGUCUGUAGCUGCUCUAAACUGUAUAAUCCUUGGCUGCGCAAACACCUGGGAUCUGGAUCGUGCUUAUCAGACGUUUGAAGCAAUAAGUGGUUCUUUUGGGCUGAGUCCUAAUAUCGACUCUUACAAUGCUUUGAUAUAUGCAUUUGGGAAAGUCAAGAAGACUUUUGAGGCUACGAGAGUAUACGAGCAUCUGGUUGGCGAAGGUGUUAAACCGGAUUCCCGGACGUUUUCAUUGCUGGUUGACGCUCAUCUCAUUAACCGGGAUCCCAAAUCAGCUCUGACCGUCAUUGAUGACAUGAUAAAUGCUGGAUUUGAACCAUCAAAGGAGACGUUGAAAAAGAUCAGAAGGCGAUGUGUGAGGGAACUAGACAACGAAAACGAUGAACAAGUGGAGACAUUGGCCAAGAAGUAUCAAGUCAGGAUGGGAACAGAGAACCGAAGGAACAUGCUUUUCAACAUAGAUUACUCCAGGGGCCGCGCAUAA